ACAUGGUAGGCCGUCUCCAUGGUAACCUGUUCACGCGCGCUGCACCCCGUGAUUUCCCUCCGUUCAGUCUGUGCUCGCGCUCCGUUCUCCCGGUAACAUGGCGGAUCCUCGUAUCAGGCAGAUCAAAAUCAAGACCGGAGUGGUUAAACGAUUGACAAAAGAAAAAGCUAUGUAUGAAAAAGAAGCUAUACAACAAGAAGAGAAAGUUGAAAAAAUGAAAAGCGAGGGAGGAGAUGAAUAUGUAAUUAGGAAACAGAUUGAAGUGCUGCAGGAAUCGCGUAUGAUGAUCCCAGACUGCCAGCGUAGAUUAGAGGCAGCUCACACAGAUCUCGUGCAGCUCUUGGAUAAUGAAAAAGACUUGGAAGAGACUGAAGAAUUUAAAGAUGCACGCUCAGUGUUGGAGUUAGUGAAGUUAGAAGCAUGAGCACAGUUGAAAUUCUUUUUUUUUUUUUUUUUUAUUUAAUAACCAUUGACACCAUUCCACUAACCUUACUGAAAAUUGAAAGACACAUCCAAACAAAUCCUCGAAGGUUAAACUUGCAGAGUUAUGUUUAAAGCAAACAUUUGUGCCGUUUUUCAUUUAGAAAAUAAAGUUAUGUUAUGAAAUGCA